AAUGUGAGAAACUGAAGAGCUAGAAGCUUGGCAGUGGAUCUGGACUAAAAUUAUGUUUAAAGCUCUGGCAAGGGUGAAAGUGUCAGUGUCAUGGCCCAGUUUCAGGUAAUAAUAGUUAAAGACAGCCUGUUUAAUGAUGAAGUCCAGCAAGGCAACUUUUUCUCCAGCACAGAUGAAGUCCUUCCCAUGGAUAUCAUCUCUUCGCCUUCUAAACAAUGCUGUACUCUCAGCUUGCUACCUCCGUUUUAGAAAUCUGAAAUGCAGUUUUACAAAUCUUUGAGCUGCAAAGAAAAUUUUCCCGUUGAAUGGUCUACACACCAGAUUGAAUGCUGCUGGGAGCGAGAAGCUGCCUUUCUUUCUUCCGUCCUAGAAGAUAUGAUUUCCAGGAAAGCGGCAGCAUCUCUUGGCUGCCUGUUUGUCGUUACCGUGAUCGUCUGGAUGACCAUUGGGAACGGGAAAGUGCACUACCUCCCAUAUUACCUUCCUUGCCCCGAAAUGUUCUCCAUGAAACUCCAGUAUAGAGAAGAGAAGCCGAUCCAGCUUUUCCCCCAAUUAUUUUAUCCACAGCCAAGAGCACUAGCUCCAAGGCGUCAGGAUGUGCUGACUGUCACACCAUGGCUGGCCCCCAUCAUCUGGGAAGGUACCUUCAACUCUGAAAUCCUGGACCGUGUCUACAAGCCUCUGAAUCUCACCAUAGGGGUGACAGCCUUUGCCAUUGGAAAAUAUACAAGGUUUGUGGGCCAUUUCCUGGAGUCAGCAGAGAAGAAUUUCAUGAAAGGCUAUUGGGUGAACUACUACAUCUUCACUGACAACCCUGAGGCAAUUCCCAGUGUCCAGCUGCAACCUGACCGAAGUCUUGUCAUUGUCCCCAUCAAGAAAUACUCCAGCUGGCAAGAGAUCUCCAUGCGCAGGAUGGAGCACAUAAACAAGCACAUAGCUGAGGUAAGCCAUCAGGAGGUGGACUACCUCUUCUGCUUGGACAUUGACAUGGUGUUCCACAAUCCCUGGGGAGCUGAGACCCUGGGUGUCAUGGUAGCAGCCAUACACCCUGGCUAUUUCAAUGUCCCUCGAAGCCAGUUCCCUUACGAGAGGAGAAGCUCUUCAGCAGCCUAUAUCCCUGAGGAAGAAGGAGACUUCUACUAUGGAGGGGCUGUGUUUGGAGGGCUGGUGAAGAAGGUCUAUGAGCUCACCAAGACUUGCCACACGACUGUCCUGGCAGACAAAGCCAAUGGGAUCAUGGCAGUCUGGCAGGAAGAAAGCCAUCUCAACAGGUACUUCCUCUCCCACAAACCCUCCAAGGUGCUUUCCCCAGAGUACCUCUGGGAUGACAGGAAGCCCAAGCCCACUGAAAUACACCUCAUACGAUUUUCCACAGUGGAUAAGAACUACAAGGAGAUAAGAGAUUGACUAUGUGAUGCUUGCAGAGAAGUCCUCCAUGCAAUCAAACCCACUGAAUAUCAGCUCCCAGAAAACGUGCCCAAUGUAAAUUUUUGUUUCUGCUGUGAAUGAACUGAGAAAGGAGGAUGUGGAUAGUUUCUCUGAAGUACAGGUGUAUUAAUUUCAGAAGCAGCACCUGAAGUGAAGGAGAGAAUGGAAAAGUUUUGUGUUCCUAAUUUUGUAAGCGCACCACUUAUGGCUGUAGCACACAAAAAGGCCUCCAAAAGGCCCAUUGCCAAAUGCAAGGCUAUCCGUAUAGCAAGGCUGCAGAUGCCAUAGCCUGAGUGUUUUGCUCAGACCUGGUAGAAACUGGGCUGACGGGACAAAUAAGUAUGAAUUCGUAUAGCAAUUAUCAUCUUCCAUGCUCCAAUCCAUGUUUUGGAGGCCCAGAUUUAAACAAAACUGGCACAGCUCAGACUCAGAUUUGAACUUCUUUGGAUUUAUUCCGAUCACAGAUGUGUGCUGAACCUUCUCCCUGGUUCACAUGUCUCUGAGGAUCAUUUAAUCUUUUCUGACACAGAAAAUCUGGUAUUGAGAGAUCCAUGUGCUUAUCCCAUUGGUUAAGUCCUUUCCAGCUUUUCUAAGCUCUGUGAAAUAAAUUGGCUAGAAGUUGCUGGAGCUAACAGGAAGAGCUGGUGUGUUUCCAGCAGAGUGAUUUCAUUUUAUAAUGAAAUGCUCUAGUGAGACUGUGGGUUUGGUUUAGAGCUGGAAGUGGGCUGGGGUUAUCAUUUUUGUGUGAGUGGGAUGAGAAGCUGAACUACGUACUGUGCAGCCUUUAAAGCCUGACAGCUCACCCCGGUGAACAGGCAGAGGGGUCCAAACACAGGGGAACUGCUACUCUUUGCCAAUAACGGCUGGUUGGCAUAAUUGGUUGUCAACUGAGGUCACAGCAUGGAGGUUCAUGUGCUGCCUCCCUUGCUGCAGCACGUCUACCAUAAACUCUUCCCUGUCACCUCCCAAGCAUGCAGUCAAAGAGCAGUGUGCGUCUGUGCCAUGCUCGUUUAACGUGAGCAGGGAGAGGGACUACAGGGAGCAGCUGAGAACGGCAGAGCCGAGCACUGCUGCCACGCUGUAUGGCACAGAGAGGACCUGCAGGGCUGAAAGGAUUAAGCUGCCUGUUUCUAAGGGAACAUUUAAAAAAAAAAUCUUAUUUGGCAGAGAGAGAAAAUGGGGAAGAGGUGCCUGACUGUUCUCUCUUCUCUUCACAUGAGAAAAUUGUUGUGUGGCAGUGUAUCAAGCAUUCAGAGGUUUAAGGCCCCGUUGCUGACUGCAGAUGACUUAACAAGCCAUUUCAGUCCUGUGCAAGUCAGCUGAGAACGGCACUUGCUGGUGCCAAUGUGGGCAUUUCAUCUUCCAGAAGGCAAAUUAGAAAAGUUGGAAGGGUACCCUGUAUGUAGAUAAUACGCACAAAAUACCUCCAACCAAAAGCCCCUACUGGCAGUGGGGUGCAUUGCUUCAUGCUUUAGAUCCUUUGCUGACUAUCUGGUUAUAUUUUCUCCAGGAUGUUUUUAGUGCUGUGGUGCUGGAGGAAAGCAUCCCUCUGAUCUGUGAAACACAGAACUGAAAUUCUUGUGAAGGUGUAUAUAUUUGGUAAUGAGGCACCUCAUCUAGGCCAAAAGGCUGAGGAAAGAUCCUUACCUAAAUAUGUCCAAAAUUAUAUGUUCCCACCAAAACCAGAAUUAAUACCUAUUAUUUCUUACUUGUAAAACAACUGUAUCCAAAGACCAUGACUGAAACUAGGGUGUUAUUGUGCCAGUUUUUUUCUUUUACAAGCCAGAAGAGACUGUCUAGUCUGAUCUCCUGUACGGGACAAGCCAGAUCAUUUUAUCUCCAGCUGUCCACUUCAAACUUGCAAAGUGUGGCACUAGGUUGCUUAGAAAAGCAUUCAGGACCAAUAAAAACAUCAGGUGAUACAGAAGCCACAAAUUCAGUGGUUAAUUCCCUUUAUACUCUACUUCUGCUCUAAACUGGUCUGUGUUUUCAGUCAUUGGACUUUAUCCUCCAAUACUAGAUUAUCUGAAGUCUUGUUCUAUGCAGAUAUUCGUAGCCUCCACUAAAGUCUCAGUGAGAGAAAGUUUUCCGCCAGAAAUGAUGUGACAUAGAGGCUGGUGUAUGUUUCUGGAUACCUGUUCUGAGAAACCUUUUGUGAAAAGUGGUGGUCUCCUGCUCUGCUUCCUCGCCACCUUUUGGCUGAAUUCAAGACAUAAAACUUGGGCUGACACUGACAAGGUAACAGCCUGAUUUGUGCAGUGCCAAAUGUAUAUAUCUUUCUGGCAGGCCUGCAGCUUCUCCCAAGGGGAAGAUCUUCUAUGGCAUGUUAAGUGACACAGUUCUGCUUGACAAGGCUGGGAUUUGAAACUACCUAGAAAAUUCCUAUGUCUCCAGAGAGCACAAAAGUGCAAUUGCAGAAAAACCCUCCCCAGGGCAGUGUGAGAGAUGCUCCCUGACUCAGCUCAUGUCUUCCUAUAAUUAAUGAAAGCCAGGACUUCUAUCAUCAUCUCCCUCUGCCUAAUCCCCUUCCCCCAAGAUCAGGGCAAGCUUUUUUUCUCUUAUUUGAAUUGUGCAGCCUGAGAUCUGGGAGCAGUGUGGGAGCUUCACAAGGGUCUUGCUUUCUGAGCCAAAUUCCCCAUCAAGCCCUUUUGUGCUGUGGGGAAACUGAGGCACACAGUAGCAAAGCAGCAGACUGGCACUCCCGCAUGCUGGGUCUGCCUCCACUCGCCGCAUGGGACAAUGCUCUUUUCCGUGUCAUCCUGCCAAGGGAAUUUAGAUUUGGAAGCAGCCACUUUGUACUGCAUGAAAUGUGAAUCAGCACAUGUAAAUAAAUCAUCAGCUGCUUUGCACUGCC